AUGCUCUAUGCCCCGCUGAGUGAGCGCCAGCGCGAAGUGUACGAUGCCAUCGUCAAGGGCGGCCUACGUGCACUUUUGGAAGCCAGCCAACGGAAGGAGUGCAAAGGCAAGGUGGCUUCGCUCAAGGCCAUCGCAAACGACGAGGAAGAGGAAGUCCCCCUUUAUGUUCAAACCAAAGCAAAAGCACGGCCGCGGACUCGCCGGAGUAAACGGAGGAACUACGGCGUUGACGAAGAUGACGACGAGUACUCCGUGAAGCCUCAAUCCGGAGUGCUCCAUGGAGCCAAGCAGAAUGAACGAGUGCAAAGUGCAGAGGAGAUUGGACGAGAGUGGCGGUAUAAAAUUACCCGUAUCUCCAAUUGUUUGCACUAA